CGCGCGCGGCUGCGCGAGGGCGGCGGAUUCGAACAGCGGAGGGAGCGAGGGCGGCGCGAGGAGGAGGAGGAAGGAGAGGAAGGACAGCGGGAGGAGGAUGAAGAGCACGGCGCCCCGCGGCACUUUGCGGAAAAUUAUAAAGAAGCACAAGCCGCAGUUACGCCUGGCGGUGAACGCCGACCUGCUGGUUCAUUUGAAUUUCUUACUGUUUCUCCAUCGGCUAGCAGAAGAAGCCAGGACAAAUGCUUUUGAGAACAAAAGUAAAAUAAUAAAACCUGAGCACACCAUAUCUGCAGCGAAGGUUAUUUUAAAGAAAAGCAGAGGCUAGAAAACAGACCCACUGGAAUUUUAAAACACACUUUUCAAUGUUUUCUGACUAACUUGAGUUAUACUGUGAGCCAGCUUUAGCAUUUGUGGAACUAUGUCUUUUUGUUGAUUUCUGUCUCCUGACUAUCUUGCUGUUUCUUUAAAAAAAUUAAAAAAAAUCUUAGCAUGUAUACUUUCAUACACUUCAUGCAUAAUUUUAAUUUAUGUGUGUCACUUGUCACUUAAGACUUUUGAUGUAUUUUAUUUCAUAAUGAUGGAGGAAUGCUUGUACCAUAGAUACCCUUUGGGUACAAUGUAGCACUUUUAGUAAUAAGUGUGAAGCUUCUUAAGGGGAACAGUUAAAAAAAUAAAAACAACACAGGUUUCCCUAAAUCUAGUAUAGAUUGUGCAGUUCAGAGCAGAUUUUCUAGCUAAACAAAAUUAUGGCUUUCAAAACCAUCACUGUAGAAACAAGUGUAUUAAAUACCUUGUCUUCAGUUUAUUAUAAAUGUCUUGAUAAUUUUAAAACUACUUUGAAAAGUAGGUUGAAACUUCUGGGGAAAGAAUACAUAGUUGGUAUUUUAAAUCAUGCUUUGAACUGUUAAGCUGACCUGUUUGAUGUGGUACAUGAGGCAACGUGGUGGUCUGUAAUUCAGUUGGUGUGGACAGAUAGAUAGGUUAUGGAAAAGACCUGGCACAACUGAUGUUUUCAAAGUUAGAUCUUGUAAAAAUAACAAAGAUAAGUUGGCGUGAGUGCCAAGCUAUUUCCUUCUCUCUUUUGUGUGUCAUGCUAACUUGUCAAAAGUCUGGAAAUGUACAUUAUAUAAAAAUGUCUUUUUCAAUUAAGGUCAUAUUCUGUUCCUAUUCUGAUAUUAGUAAUCAUUUAUUGAACACUUUGCUUAAUAAAUAUACUAGUAAAGUUAUAGAUUAAUUUUACAGUUCGAGCUGAUAAUGCAGUUUUGUGGAAUAUAUGGUAGCUGAUCCUUGAUAUGCACAGUGAGCUGUUGUUAAAAUAAAGAAUCUUUUUAAGUGUUA